UUCCCUACCUCACCAGAAAAGCAUCAGGGACUGAAGAGCCUCUCAGGACAGGCAAUGCCUCCUCCCAGCCUCACCAGUCAGGAAGCAUCACCAUAGCAACCUUAGCAGCAAACAAUGGUAACAGAGGGCUGUCCCCCAAAGCCUCCCCUCCUGGCUCUGUGGCUCAGAGGAAGAAUGGCCAGCAGCUCAAAAAGAUCCCUCCAAAAGCCAAGCGUGGGCGCCGCUUGUGUCAGAGAGCCCUUAAUGCAGAUGGUCAAUGCCAGAGAAUCCUUCCCAACCGGUCAGACUCGGAUUCAGCGUGAGUUCCUCCUCCCCCAAAAAGCCAAGGAGUUUCCGGGCUUCACCUGGCAAAGCUACCACAAGCUGGCCUUGAAGCAGCCACCAUGCACAGAAAUGAAGUCUAAAGUACGUCACCAGAUACAGUAUCCUGGGGAGGAUGCAGCCCAGCACACCUGGGGCUUUCACACAUGGCUAGAUGUGGGACGUCUGCCUGCCACCUUCCCCACCAGGCCAGACACACCCUAUGACAGCAAUGUCUGGCGCUGGUUGACUCACUCCAACGCCCAUCGCCUCCCUGCUGCACAGCCUGCCAUCCCUCCGCCCUCCCGUAUGGGCCCACAUAGCUUCCUGACUUUCAUCAGUGCUACCCCCAUCUUUAUGGACACGAAGAGAAAGAAGCAGGUUAUUAUGAGAACAGUCAGAGAGCUGAAGGAGGUGGAGAAACUCAAGCUGCGGAGUGAACUGAGGGCCCCUCCACUUGAUGCCCAUGGCAAUAUUCUGCCCCCACCAAACUACAAGAAGUCUCAGUGCAUAUCUGCUGGUGGAAGGCUUGAGCCUUGGGGCAUGCCGAUCUUACCCAACCCACUUCCCAAUAAUUUCACCAAGAGCUGGCCCUGCCCGAAUCCUCAGCCUCAUUAUCAGGAGAAGGUCCUAAAACUAGCUCGACUGCCCAGCGCGCCCCUGAGUGAAGACCUUGUGAAGGACUACCAAACCCUGCUUAAGGACCGGGUUGCCAUGCCCCUCUACUACCUGUCCAAGGCCGGGCCUGCUAAAACGGCAGAGGAAAAGAAGAAAAGGAGACCCGGAGACGUCUAAAAGAGUCUCCAGAUGGACGAGCGCACAGUGGGGCUCAGGGUUCACAGCCUUCUUCAACAAGAAACCUUAGGCGACCGAGGACUCUGGCUUCUACAGAAUAACCUUUUGGGCUCAUGUCACCUCUCUGUCAGGUUCCUGGAAACAUUACUGAAGCUCUGAGCUGUUCUGUGUUGUCCUUGGAAGACUCAUCAUAGUGUGGGAGAAUUGG